AGUUAUGGAGAAGUGUUGAUGUGGUUAAUCUUUAGUAUUUUAAAUUAAAAAUGAUGAAGUUUGUGAUUUUGUUGGUGUGUGCAGCAACUGCAUUCGGAUUGGAACCGAUAAACAAUCAAAUUAGAAACAAAAAUGUGGAAAAAUCUAUAGAUUUAACAUCACAAUUAGUAAAAGUGUCAUCCGCUAUAACCAUAGAAAACGCCGGCAAAGAAAAGGUUUCCAAUUACCUUGUAGUUUUGGAACCCAACACUGUGGGAAAUUUGUCGUACAUCUCUGCCAAAGAUGCGUUGAAGGCGGAUUUGAAAGUAGUUAAAACUGAUGUAUCUGGUCACAGUGAUAAAAGUUUUUACUUGGUUACAUUGAAACAGCCACUUGAAAGUGGACGCACCACUACCAUCACUGUUGAACAGAUCUUCACCAAAUACCUUAUCCCAUAUCCCAGCAGCAUAUUACAGAAAGAAAAGCAACUGGUGAGAUAUUUUGGCAGUGCUUAUUUGUACACCCCAUACCAAACUCUUAAGCAGACAACCACAGUGUCACUUAGUUCAAGAAGUAUAGAGAACUACACAAAAUUGAAGCCAGCAACUCAAUCAGAUUCAACCAUUACUUAUGGUCCUUUCAACAACAUACAACCCUUCAGUCUUGAGGACAUUGUUGUACAUUAUGAGAAUAAUGCACCAUUUUUGACAGUUACCAGAUUGAAACGAUCUAUUGAAAUAUCCCACUGGGGCAACAUAGCAGUUGAAGAGAACAUUGAAAUUUAUCACAGUGGUGCUAAAUUGAAAGGUCCAUUCUCAAGAUAUGAUUACCAAAGGGAUUCAGGCAGUCCCCACAGUGUGAAAUCUUAUAGAACAAUCCUUCCAGCUGCAGCACACAGCAUUUAUUACAGAGAUAGCAAUGGUAAUAUUUCUACCUCAACAGUAAAAACCAGGAGUGAAUGGACUGAAUUGGAACUUAGGCCAAGAUUUCCACUUUUUGGAGGCUGGCAGAGUUCUUACAUCUUAGGCUACAGUGUCCCAAGUUACCAAUACUUGUACAAGAAUAGCAAAGGAGAAUAUGUAUUGAAAAUGCGAUUAUUGGACCACGUUUUUGAUGACAUGCAUGUUGAUGAAUUGGAAACCUCCAUUGUUUUACCAGUUGGUGUUAGCAACAUCAGGGUAAAGACCCCAUAUGAAGUUGAGAGGUUGAAGGAUGGUGUUACCCAUAAAUACUUGGACAAUAUUGGAAGGACCAUACUCAAAUUUAAGAAAACCAAUUUGGUGGAACAGCACAUUCAAGAUUUUGAAAUCACUUAUAACUGGCAAUACACUCUCUUAAUGCAUGAACCAAUUCUCUUAAGUCUCGCAUUAUUUGUGUUGUUUGUUAUUGUUAUUAUUUAUGUUAGAUUAGACUUCUCUCUGAAGAAACCAGAACAUAGUAAGAAGGAGUAAACUUAGUUCGUUAUUUCACAUUUUUCACUUCUUUUUAUACUAAAAAGUCUGAUUAAUAAAAAUUAUUAAUUUAUA